UAGAUUGAUAUUCAAAAUCAGAACGAAACAGGAGUUUCUUAGUACAAUGUCUUCUCGGGUUCUGAUAAUGAUUUUUCUAUAUAUUAUGUUAACAUGAAUGGUUCCACGGAUAUAUAUAUAUAGAUAUAUGGGGUAACCUCAAUAUUGUAAACUAUGUAGUAUAUGGUGUGCCAUUUUUCUCUUGUGAAGACUUAAAUGCCUUUGCCAGAGACUUACCACACUAUUGAGCACGUGAUCUCCACGUGACAUAAUGACUACACGAAGCUGAUUAAUGAUUAUAAUAGAGCCAAAGGAAAGAUUUUUGCCUUUUGUUCAUUAAAAAAAAACUCUUAAUAUAAAAUGGUAAUUAACUUUAAAACACGAUUGAGCGGUUGUUACAAAAGGGAAACAAAAUCCAAAAGUGAAUAUUCAUCAUCACCGUCAUCGUCUCGAAUUUUCUUUAACGUCUCUCCAAUUAGGGUUUUUCUAAGGGGUUUUGGAUUCACCAUCUCCGCAGCAAAGACGCAACAAUGGCUUCCUCUCUCCUAGCGAUUCGCCGCGUACGGCUCCCUGAAACGACGGAGAUCGUUUCUCUGAUCAAGUUCCGGUAUUUUUCUCUUCUCCGAUCCUCGUAUUCCACAUUCGGUCACUGUCCGAGGGCCAAAACCUUAUCCCUCAACACAGCCUCUGUCAAUGGCCUGAGCACUUACGCCGUCACCAACCAUUUCGCCGGAAAUCACCCGGCGGCUCCUGCUCCUGCUCCUGCUCUUCCUCUUCCUCCGCCGCAACAACCACGAUUCGGUUAUCAGGGGUUACAGACUCAGGGCAACCCCAGUUCCAGCUAUAAUCAGCGUUUUCCGCAGAAUCAGAGCAGUCACCCCAUUCCGUUCAAUCAUCAGAAUCAGGGAUGGGGUUAUCCGAAUCGUGGAAUUUCUAACCAGGUGCCGCAAAACCCAAGUCAAUGGAAUUAUCCGCAGAAAACACCGACCCAGAAUCAUGCGCACCAACACGGAAUCCCAUAUCAGUGGAACAAUCAAAAUCGGGGGCAGUAUCAAUACGGAAGCUCGAAUCAAUGGCAUGCGCGAGGGCAAACCCCUAAUCAGCCGAAUAACCGGAGCAACCAGUUUCAAGGUCAUGCGGUGAACUCUGCUUCUGGAGUGGCUCAGCCUUCUCAUCCUCCUUCUGUGGAUGAGAUAAUGCUUCUGUGCCGAGGGAGGAAGUACAAAGACGCCAUUGAAUUGCUUGAUAAGGGAGCGAAGCCUGAUGGAGAAUGCUUUGGUAUCCUGUUCGAGUCUUGUGGGAAUCUCAAGUCGGUUGAACACGCGAAGAAAGUGCAUGAUCACUUCCUCCAGUCUAGAUUUAGAGGUGAUAUUAAGCUGAAUAACAAGGUGAUCCAAAUGUACGGGAAUUGCUGCAGUAUGACUGAUGCGAGGAGGGUUUUUUAUCACAUGCCGAAUAGGAAUAUGGAUUCAUGGCAUCUGAUGAUGGGCGCAUAUGCUGGUAAUGGAAUGGGCGAUGAUGGGUUGCAUUUGUUCGAGGAAAUGAAAAAAUCGGGGUUGAAGCCAAAUGAGGAGACAUUCCUUAUGGUUUUCUUGGCCUGCACUUCUGCGGAUGCAAUAGAAGAAGCGUUUUUGCACUUUGAAUCUAUGAAACAUGAACAUGGAAUCAAUCCAGGGACAGAACAUUACUUGGGGCUUUUAGAUGUUAUUGGAAACUGUGGACAGCUUAUUGAAGCUGAAAAGUACAUCCGAAAUCUGCCAUUUGAAGCCACAGCUGUUUUCUGGGAAGCUCUGAGGAAUUAUGCUCAGAUUCAUGGAGAUAUCGAUUUAGAGGACUAUGCAGAGGAGUUGAUGAUCAACCUUGAUCCGUCUAAGGCCGAAACCAACAAAAUCCCUACCCCUCCACCAAAGAAUCGGAAAGCUGUCAGCAUGCUGGAGGGUAAGAGUCGGAUCCUCGAGUUUCGAAAUCUGACCCUUUACAGGGACGAAGAGAGAGCAAGAGCAGCAAAGAAAGGUACGGUAUAUGUGCCCGACACCCGAUGGGUUCAUCACGACAUCGACGAAGAGGCCAAGGAACAGGCACUGCUACACCAUUCCGAGAGACUGGCAGUUGCUUACGGCCUGAUCAGCACUCCACCCCGACAACCUCUUACGAUUAACAAGAAUCUCCGUUUCUGCGGGGAUUGUCAUAACUUCUUCAAGAUCAUGUCUAGGAUCGUCGGUAGGGAGCUGACCGUUAGAGACAACAAACGGUUCCAUCACUUCAGAGGCGGAAAAUGCUCUUGCGGCGACUACUGGUAGUCUCUCUCUCUGCUCGCUCACUCGGGCAUUUGUUGCUUGAGAGUUUCACACGAGUAUAAAUGCUAACAAACAAGCCUCUGUUUUUUUUUAUUUUUAAAUUAUUAUAUGCUGUGAAACUCAUUGCCGAAAGUUUGGUAUGCAUUUUGCUUUCAGACAUCUGUUAGUUCGGAUAAAGUUCAGUUUUUUUUUAAAAAAAAAAUCUUGUACCUUCAACAAGAGUAUUCUGUGGUAUUUGAGUAUUUCUUGCAUUACAAGAAACCUAGCCAAGAAUCGGAUUUCUGCCCGUUGUAAACAUCUGUUGGCAGCAAGGAUGAGAAUGUUGUGUGUAUA